CACGUGACCAUAACAUGGAUCCAACGAUAACAACGGUACGUCCCCACUUCACCGAAUGACAAUAAUCAAGCGCAAAAAAUGUGAUAAGACGUCUUGUUGAUGCGAUACACGUAAUGAAUAACCUCAAAGAUACUGAAAUAAAUUAUAAAAAUGUGGAGGUCUGUUCACCUGGAGAAGCUCUCACUGUCCUGGGGAUUUAUCAAAUCCCCUCGGCACAUAUUCGCCGCAAAAUGCAGAGCGAUAGCAUCAACAAGUGAUCCUCCACUCCCUGAAGAUGCUCAAGUGGUGAUUUGUGGGGGUGGGGUCAUGGGGGCAGCUGUGGCUUAUCACCUGGCGGUGAUGGGAUGGGGUUCACGCACGAUUAUUCUGGAGAGUGGACGCAUGGGCGAGGGUACGACUUGGCAUGCAUCUGGGCUAGUUGGUGCCUUCAAACCGAGCUUGGCACAAGUUAAACUGACCCAGGACAGUAUUUCUCUUUAUAAGGAGCUGGAGAGCAAGGGACUUCCCACUGGCUGGAAGCAGUGUGGAAGCCUGUCCUUGGCCAGGACGAGGGACAGGAUGACGGCGUUCAGGAGGAUGAAGGCGCAGUCUGUAUCCAGAGACAUAGAAUGUCACCUAGUGACCCCCGAGGAAGCCAAGGACUUGUGCCCCCUAAUUCAAGUGGACGAUCUGGUCGGCGGAAUUUGGAUCCCGGGCGAUGGAGUCGCAGAUCCCUAUCGAACGUGUUUAACGUUGAUCAAGGAAGCGCAGAGACAAGGCGUCCAAUUAUUCGAAAACUGUCGAAUAACUGGGGUUGAUGCCAAAGAUGGGAAAGUUCGUGGGGUGCAGACGUCGAGGGGCGGAGUAAACUGCGAACAUUUCGUCAAUUGCGCGGGGUUUUGGGCGAGGAAUGUUGGAAAAUUGAGUGAACCACAUGUGAAAGUACCGUUGCACCCAGUAGAGCACUACUACCUCCACACGAAAGCUGUCCCUGGACUGGACCCGAUGACUCCAGUAAUUCGUGACGUAGACGGCUACGUGUAUUUCCGUGAGAACGACGGGAGAAUCCUCGCUGGAGGCUUCGAGCCAAUGGCGAAACCGGCCUUCGAGGACGGGAAAAUACCCGAGAACAUUGCGGAGAGAGUUUUGCCGGAGGACUGGGACCACUUCCACGUGCUCUUGGAGCAGAUUCUCCACAGGGUUCCAGCGCUGGGGGAUGUUCAGCUCGAGAGACUGUGCAAUUGUCCCGAGGCUUUUUCACCGGAUUGCAAGUGGAUCGUUGGGGAGGCUCCGGAAAUUAGGAAUUAUUAUGUCGCUGCUGGGAUGAAGACGAUAGGAGUAUCAGCAGCAGGCGGUGUAGGUCGUGCAACCGCCGAACUCAUAAUAAAUGGCUCAACAUCCCUGGACAUGUACGAGAUAGACGUCUCUCGUUUUCUGGGGCUCCACAAUAACCGAAAGUUCCUUCGAGACCGAGUGAGAGAGGUUCCCAGCACUCACUACGCCUUGCAAUACCCACACAUGGAGUUCAAGACAGGGAGGAAUCUCCGGAUGUCACCGAUCUACUCGAAGCUCAAGGAGGCAGGUGCUGUCUUCGGCCAGGUGAUGGGCUACGAGAGGCCGUCCUGGUUUCAACUGGACGAGAACGACGUGGAUCCGUUCGAUGGCCUGCAGACCUACAAAAUAGCCUACACCAACACAUUUGGAAAACCCCCCUGGUUCGACCCAGUGGGGAAGGAGUACGCGGCCUGCAGAGAGACCAUUGGACUCAGUGACUACUCGUCCUUCACGAAGAUUGACCUGUGGUCCAAUGGAGACGAGGUCGUCAAUCUCCUCCAGUACCUCUGCUCCAACGACGUCGACGUGCCCGUGGGGAGCAUCAUCCACACUGGAAUGCAGAAUCAUCGGGGAGGAUACGAGAACGACUGCAGCUUGGCCAGGAUAUCCCACAAUCAUUACAUGAUGAUUGCCCCAACGAUCCAGCAGACUCGCUGCAAACACUGGAUCAGUCGACACCUGCCUGCUGACGGCUCAGUCGCCUUCUCGGAUGUGACGUCAGCGUACACUGCGAUCUGCAUCAUGGGUCCAGCUACGAGAUCGUUACUCACUGAACUCACUGAUGAUGACUUGAGCCCCAAGAGCUUUCCCUUUUUCACGUUCAAGGAGCUCGAUGUUGGCCUGGCGAAUGGGGUCAGAACGAUGAACUUGACGCACACUGGGGAGCUGGGAUAUGUUCUUUAUAUCCCGAAUGAGUUCGCUCUUCACAUAUACGCAAGACUUGUUGAGGCAGGUGCUAAAUACGGAAUAAAGCACGCAGGUUACUACGCGACACGAGGACUGAGAGUGGAGAAAUUCUACGCAUUCUGGGGGCAGGAUCUGGACACCUUCACGACUCCCUUGGAGUGCGGGCGAUCCUGGCGAGUUAAAUUCGAUAAAGACAUUGAUUUCAUCGGUCGCGACGCACUGCUCAGGCAGCGAGAAGAGGGUGUGACCCGCAAAUACGUGCAGCUCCUCCUGAACGACCACGACCCUGACUUCGACACCUGGUGCUGGGGGGGCGAGCCCAUCUACAGGAAUGGGAAGUACUGCGGGAUGACGACGACCACUGGGUAUGGGUACACCUUCAAAACACAAGUCUGUCUCGGGUUUGUUCAGAAUUUGGACGAGAGGGGGAGGACUCAGGAGGUGACCAACGAGUAUGUUCUCUCUGGGGAUUAUGAAGUCGACGUGGCUGGCAUCAAGUACCAUGCCAAGUGCAAUCUUCAUAGCCCGAAUCUACCGACCAAGUUCCCAGACACUGAACGAGACUCUUAUCAUGCCACUCGAGAUAACUUGAACGCAUGACUGAAAGGUAUUGGGUGGAAUCAGGAGACUAAGAAUCAACGAAACAUUUUUAAACAUUGACGAAAUAUUGUUGACUGCUUCAUUUCGAGAAAAUUUAUGAAGCACAUCGGUUUAAAAAAAUUUUCAGUGAAGUUUUCUAGUCGUCUAUUCACUGAUGAAGAAGGAAAAUGGAAUGGGUGAGCUCAACUUCAUGGAAAGUUUAUGGUAAAUAUGUCUGGAGUACAUCGUGAUGAUAAAGAACGACUGCUUCAAAACACAAGUUUGCCUCGAGUUUGUUCAGAAUUUGGACGAGAGGGAGAGGACUCAGGAGGUGACUAACGAGUAUGUUCUCUCUGGGGAUUAUGAAGUCGACGUGGCUGGCAUCAAGUACCAUGCCAAGUGCAAUCUUCAUAACACGAAUCUACCGACCAAGUUCCCAGAUACUGAACGAGACUCUUAUCAUGCCACUCGAGAUAACUUGAACGCAUGACUGAAAGGUAUUGGGUGGAAUCAGGAGACUAAGAAUCAACGAAACAUUUUUAAACAUUGACGAAAUAUUGUUGACUGCUUCAUUUCGAGAAAAUUUAUGAAGCACAUCGGUUUAAAAAAAUUUUCAGUGAAGUUUUCUAGUCGUCUAUUCACUGAUGAAGAAGGAAAAUGGAAUGGGUGAGCUCAACUUCAUGGAAAGUUUAUGGUAAAUAUGUCUGGAGUACAUCGUGAUGAUAAAGAACGACUGCUUCAAAACACAAGUUUGCCUCGAGUUUGUUCAGAAUUUGGACGAGAGGGAGAGGACUCAGGAGGUGACUAACGAGUAUGUUCUCUCUGGGGAUUAUGAAGUCGACGUGGCUGGCAUCAAGUACCAUGCCAAGUGCAAUCUUCAUAACACGAAUCUACCGACCAAGUUCCCAGAUACUGAACGAGACUCUUAUCAUGCCACUCGAGAUAACUUGAACGCAUGACUGAAAGGUAUUGGGUGGAAUCAGGAGACUAAGAAUCAACGAAACAUUUUUAAACAUUGACGGAAUAUUGUUGACAGCUUCAUUUCGAGAUGAAUGAAUGAACUUAUGAAGCACAUCAGUUCGAAAAUUUUUAAAAUGUUCUUGACAUUUAUUAACUGAUGAAGGUUUAGCUGAUGAAAAAGGAAAAUAAAAUGAGUAAGCUCAACUUCAUAAAAAGUUUAUGGUGACUAUCUCUGAAGUAUCAAAACAACAUUUUCAAACAGUGACAGAAUAUUAUUGACAGCUUCAUUUCGAGAGAAUUUAUGAAGCACAUCGGUUUGAAAAUGUUUUCAAUGAAGUUUUCUCGUCGUUUAUUCAGUGAUGAAGAAGGAAAAUAGGAUGAGUGAACACAACUUCAUCAAAAGUUUAUGACGAAUAUCUUUGAAUUCAAGGGAAGUAUUUUGGACACUUCCCUUGAAUUCCAAGAUAUUCAUCAUAAACUGUUGAUGUCCUCCAAAGUUUUCAUAUUUUUUCGUAGAUAUCUGCAGAAAAAUUGAGUCAUCUAGUCGUCUUCCCCGAAGUUCAAGAUAUUUCUCAAGACUUUCAACUGAAUUCACUCAUUUCAUUCCAUCUCUUCUACAUUAAUUGACUAACCGACACAAAAGUCAACAGACAAAGUCAGUUUAGAUGCAUAAAACUAUUCGACGAAGAAAGAGGAGACAAAAAAAUAGUAUCGAUCCAGAUCAAACGAUUCGUCUCAUUUAAUCCCAAAACAAUUAACUCCUGUACAAAUUACCCAAAUAUUUGUAGCUCAAUUUUUAUAUAAUCGACAUUAAGUUACACAAAGUGUAACUGUUUCCAUUUUGCCCCAAGAAUAAAACAAAAAAUCCCCUCGAAAAAAAUCAUCCUCUAUAUCACGAAUCUGUCAUCAACGAAUUUUAGUAAAUUGUGCAGUUUAUUGCCAGUAAAUACAGUAAUGGAAUAUCCUCCAGAAACUAAUGUAAGAGAAGAAAAAAAAUAAUGAUAUUUUAUAACUAUCAAUGUAUACUCUAUUGAACACCAUUGUCUUUGUUAUUUAUACAUCGCUGUAAUUAAUAAUCUUCGUGGAGAUGAGUAUUGUCAACUAGAAUUUUGUGAUAUUUUGUACUCAAAUAUACUUGCAAUACAAAAGCCCCUCA